AAAACAGCCACUUAGCUGUCCCUCGGUCCCGCGGUGUGUCCCCCGCAGCCCGUUUCACCAGCCGUCCUGUACUCCAGGAGGCCGGCAUCUUCAGUGUGGACACCCGGCUAUGACAGCUUACGGCUUCACAGCCGGGUACCCACUGCGCAUGCGCGAGUAGCGCUGCGUUUCAUGAAUGGUCCUGUAGUCUUCUGGGACCUGUCACAUGUCCCAAAAGACUACAGGAAGGGAGGACACCUUCCGCUUGUGAUCAGACCGGAAACCGGAAGUGGGAGCGGGUACCUGUCAAAUUCGGGUACCCGCUCCCCAAAGGUGUCAAUCCUUAAUGGGGAGCGUGGGGAGCAGUCCUUAAAGCAGAACUUCCCCUUUUGGGUGGAUCUGUGCUUUAAG